AACAUUUAGAUAGAAACUACUCGAAAAAAUUAAUUUAUUACUUACAAUGUUUUUAUGUUUUCACCAAUUUUGUUAUUAUAUUGUGGAUUCCCUAACUGACAUAUUAUUACACGUGGUAGACAAUAAUAAUACAUUGAUAAAAAAAAGUAAUGAAACACACCGGACUCGUUCUCAUGAAUCCGUACGUCAAGGUUCCAAUCUUAACUGUUUUAAGAAUAUAUUUCAACAAACAUCAAAAUAUAACUCAAAGACGUUACCACCAUAGUCAAAUACAAGAAACAAACAAAAAAAUCAUUGGAAUCAUUGGCUGCGGGGCAUCUGGUUUAGCGGCUUUAAAAAAUUUUGCAGCCGAAGAUUCACUGUUCAAAUGCGUUGCGUUUGAACAGACUGCCAGCAUAGGAGGUACUUGGGUCUAUACAGAUGAUGUCGACCGAGAUCAGUAUGGCUUACCAGUUCACUCCAGCAUGUACAAAAGCCUGAGGUCAAAUUUGCCAAAAGAAAUUAUGGAAUUAAGUGGAUUUCCACAUACAGGCGUUGGGGAUGCUUGCUACUUUCCAGCUUCAUACAUACAGAAAUAUCUGAAUGAUUUUACUGAUCAUUUUAAUUUAAGACCAUAUAUUAAGUUUAAUCAUCAUGUGGAAAAAGUAAGACCUAUCAAUGACAGUCAAUGGGAAGUAAAUGUUCUCAAUUUGCAACAACAAAGUAAAGAAACUUACAUCUUUGAUGCAUUGGUGAUAUGUGUUGGUAAUUAUAGCAACCCUGCUAUUCCAAAUGUUAAGGGUUCCAACAUAUUCAGAGGAAAAAUCAUGCAUAGUCAUAGCUAUAGAGAUGCAGAUUUAUUUAAAGGAAAUUCGGUAUUAGUUAUUGGCUGUGGUGCAUCUGGCCUAGAUAUAUCAUUUGGUGCAUCAAAAGUAGCGGACAAGGUUUUCUUGAGUCAUCAUAAUCCUCAAUUAAUGAAGUUGAAAAUUCCAUCUAAUUAUUUUCACAAGACCGAUGUUAAGGAAAUUGUUGAAGAUGGUGUUAUUUUUCAAGAUGGCUCUUAUGAAAAAAUUGACACUAUAGUAUACUGUACAGGAUAUACAUAUAAAUAUCCAUUUUUAAGUAAUGAAUGUGGAAUAAAUGUUGAAAAUAAUGUUAUUAAAAAUCUUUUUAAGCAUAUGAUUAAUAUUGAAUAUCCAACAAUGGCAUUUAUUGGUGUACCUAGAAACACUACAGGGUUUUAUUUAUUUGAUUUUCAGUCCAGAAUUUUUAAAAAGAUUUUGGAAGGUGGUGUGAAAUUGCCUGAUAAAAGAGAAAUGCUUCAAGAUACCUAUGAUGAAAUUGAGGCUCGAUUGGCUAGUGGUCAGAGAUUAAAGGAUCUUCAUGCACUGGGUAAAACAAAGUGGGCAAUGCAUUAUUACACAACAGUUUCGAAAUUUGCUGGUGUAGAACACCCACCACCAGUGUUAUUACAAAUAUAUUUUGAUGGUCUAGCGAGGCUUUCAGAAGAUUUUUUGAACUUUAGAGGUGAUAAAUACCAAAUUAUUGAUAGAGAACAUUAUAAGGUACAAUAUUUUGACCGAAAUGAUACAAUUAUUAAAAAACAAAUUUUAUAUUCUUUUUAAAAUUUUAUUACGUAAUAACUUUAAAUUAUAUUUUGUUAAAUAUUUGUUUUUUAGAGUUUAAAUUUGUUACAUUGAUUAUUAUACAUUUUAUUUUAUCAUAUAUUAUAGAAAUAUAUUUUAUGUAUCAUGCUGUUUGUAAAUGUCUUACAACCAAGUUAAAUGUUUAACAAAAUUGUGAUUAUAUUAUCUAUUAUUUAGUGUUAAAUAAUUUAAGGUUAAUACAUCUACAACCUAUCUUAUACUAGUUAAACUUCAACAUUAUCAACUAAUGACCAUGUCAGUUUAAAUUAAUUUGUUGAUAAAACAUUAUUGAUUUUAUGAAUCGUGUACACAGGGAAUUUAGUGGAUUACAUUCUCCCUCUAAAAUUUAGAUUUUAUAUUAUAAUAAAGGGUGGUCAAAUGAGUAACGCUCUGCUGUAUAGUAGGUCACUAUAAUUGAUGUAUUAAAUUUGAAUCCAAUGAUAGGUAUCAUUGUAUACGAAAAAUAAUUCUGAACAAAGAUGAUUUAUCAGCCUAGGAUAUAAUUUCCAGUGGUUGGUGAAAAAAGUGGUUUAUGUUUUAAUGGCCAUUAAUACAUUAUAAAAUUUAAGUUAUUUUAUAACUAUUGUAAGCUAAACUUAUGGAAAAUCUUGUAUUAGAUUUUCAACUCUUAGCUACCUAUACAAACAUUUUUAUGAAUUAUACUUACAAAAUAAUUUGCAAAUAUUCAUGAUUUUGACGAAUUUUUGUUAAUAUUUGAAUUUCAAAUGCUAAUAAAGAAAAAAUGUGCGUAUGUAUUCUUAUAAUUUUUAAAUCACUAAAAGACUAACUUAUGAAGAACUAUGUAUUAUAUUAAUUGUGUUAUUAUAUAUUAUAUUAAGUUUUUUUGAGCACUCAACAUUUUUUUAUUGACACUUCAAAAAAAGUCAAAAUAUUUUGAAAAUUUAACUGUAUAAUUAUUAUAUAUAACACUAAUAUAAACAUUUGGUCAAUAUUUCAAGUAUUUACAGUGAUUCAUCUGAGUUACAACCAUAUAAAAAACAAAUUUGGAUGAAAACUGGUUUUGUGUAAAAAUUCCAGAUUUUCCAUCACUUUUUUUUGUUUUUUGAAUUUUUCUGAAAAUUGUUGGAAAAUACUUACUUUUGACCUCUAUAAACCAUCAAAAAUAUUCACUUAGCCAUCAAAAACCACCUUCAAAGUUAGAAAUUGAAACAUUAUUUUGACAAGUUAUGCUGUACACAAAACAAAAAAUAUACAUAUAUACAUUUUAAAAUCAAUAUAUUCAUCAUUUUGUUCAAAAUCUAAAAUACAUUUUUUAUGUAACCUACAAAUUUAUAUAUAUUGUGAAAAUUUGCAAGUAAUUUUGUAGUUGAAAAAUAAUAAUUUUUUUUUGUUUUAUAUCAAAGGUUUAAAAAUUCAAUACUAAGUUUUCCUUCAAAUAACUAUAGAGAAAAACUCAAACCAUCAUUAUAGGAAAAAUUUUAAGUGCGUUUGAAUUUUAAAUUUUUACGAUAUUGCGUAACAAUAACAAUUUAUCCUCAAACAAUUUUAAAUAUUUGUUAUUAUUCAAAAAGUAUUAGUUGUAAGAACUUGAACAUUUCACCAGUUAUUUAGAUUGGCAUUUACUUUACAUGAUUUUCUUUUCAAAAUAUUUUACUUAUUUUAAUGCUAUUUAUAGGCAUUUGAAAUAUUCAUUUUUGUAAUAUUUUUUUUUUUAUUAUAAAUAUCGAUAAUUUUUUUUGGCUGAGUCAAAAUUCAUGAAAAUUUAAUGCAAAGUUCCUCAUAAGUUAUUAUUUUAGUGAUUCAAAAAUAAUAAGAAUACAUAGGCACAAUUUUUUUUAUUAGCAUUUGAAAUUCAAAUAUUGAUAAAAAUUCGUCAAAAUCGUGAAUAUUUGCAAAUUAUUUUGUAAGUAUGAUUCAUAUAAAUGUUUAUAUAGGUAGCUAAGAGUUGAAAAUUUAAUACAAGAUUUUCCAUAAGUUUAGCUUACAAUAGUUAUAAAAUAACUUAAACUUUAUAGUGUAUUCAGGCCAUUAAAACAUAAACCACCUUUUUCACCAACCACUGGAAAUUAUAUCCUAGGCUGAGAAAUCAUCUUCGUUCAGAAUCGUUUUUCGCAUACAAUGAUACCUAUCAAUGGAUUCCAAUUUAACACUCUUAUAGUAUAUAAUAGUGAUUCACACGGCACCUAAUGUACAUCAAAGCGCUCACUUGACCGACUUUUUUAAACAAUUUCUUCAUUGCUUGUAUUAAUUUUUCUGCUAACAGAUUUGAUAGAGCAUAGUUUGGACUUGAAGUAGGUAACAUGCUCUAUAGUUUAUACCCCAAUUAAACAAGUAUUAUUUAAUCCAAUGAUAAAUGUGCUAUUUCUAUAAAUUUAGAAUAGUAGUCUACUUCUAAUAAAUAAAUGUUGUUAUCAAAGUGAAAAAUAUCAGUUUUUAAUUUAAACUAAGGUAGUUGAGAAAUAUCAAUGGAAUUUAAGGUUCUUUUGAAUUAUUAUUUCUGUAUUUCAUAAAUGCCUCACAAUUUUCAACAAUAUUUUUUUAUAUCUUAGUUUGUAUAAAGCCAAAAUAUCAAAUCUUUUAUUAAAUUUUUUCAUCUCUUAUACUCAUGUGACCUUCAUUAACUAAUUUUAACAUUUCGGGUCUAAACUUUAUGGAAACGAGAACAAUUGUUUUUAAAAAUUAAGUUAUCAAUCAACAAUCAUACAUACGUCUUCUUUAAAAGUCCAGUAUGGUUUAAGAAUUUCAUUAAUUGCAUUUUUAUUCUCUGGCCAACCAUUCUUUAUGGUUUCAAUUAUUUAUUGAAAUACAGAAUUAUUUAAUGUUUCUUUUUUAUCAAAUUUAAUGUAUAUUUUGAAUUAAAUUUUGAACAUGUAAAAUUACAUUAUUUAUAAUUUCAUCAUCUUCAGUUAUAUCAGUUUUAUUAAUUGUAGCCCUAGAUAAAGUAUCAGCAAUUUUAAGUAAUCUACCAGGAAUAAUGAAUAAAUGUUAAUUUGAGAUCAUAAGGUUGUAAUUUAAGCAUCAUGAGUAGGAUACGGACUGGAACAGAAUAAAGAGAUUUCGCGAAAAGUGUGACUAGUGCCUUAUGAUCAGUUUGCACAAUAGUUGUUUGACUAUACUAAUAUUUAUGAAAUUUGGUCGCAACUAAUCAUUAUUGCAUAAAGUUCUUUUUCAAUUUUCACAAAAUUUUAUUGACUUUCUGUUAAUGAUUUUGAAGCAUACGCCUUAUAAUAAAAUUAUAAUUUAUUGUUA